UUCCACGUCUGCGAAGGGAAGCCAGAUUACAGCGGAGUAUCUGAAACCUCAGUUGUUCUCAAAGCCAUUAUUAAAAUGUAAAUAUACACACAUGCAGUCGGAUGCUUUGACCCUGGAAUGGAUUUAGAGGAGGCUUACCAGGUGGUUGGAGAGUUCGGUAGGCACCAGAAGCGGAUGGUCACCAUCCUGGUUCUCCUACAGAUUUACAUGGCAUGUCAGUCCAUGCUCAUCAUUUUAGUGGGUGCUGUGCCAGAAUAUCACAUAGAACCCGUUACUGGAGAUCCGGAUGAUGAUAUAACACAAAGUGUGAAAUUCACAGAGGACGUCAGCUCAAUCGUGACCGAGUGGUACCUGAUUAAGCACGAAGCCUACAAAGUAAACCUGGCUGGGUCUCUGUUCUUUGCGGGUGUGCUGAUUGGAAAUGUCCUAUUUGGACCGCUCUCUGAUAAGAUUGGCAGGAAGCCGGUUUUCCUAACUGGUCUGUUUUUUGAGGUCUUGUUCGGGUACGGAACAGCAUUAGCACCUAGCUAUGAGGUGUUUGCUGUGUCUCGGCUGCUGGUGGGAUUGAUGAACGGAGGAAUGGCGCUGGUCUGUUUCGUUCUUACUCAGGAAUACGUGGGGAAGUCCUACUGGGCUAUGACAGGGACCUUGACUAAUAUGACCUUUGCAGUGGGCAUCGCUCUGUUCGCUGCGUUGGGUUAUUAUGUUCAGCCGUGGCGGAACCUAGCAACAGCGGCCAACUGUCCCGGACUUUUGCUCUUCAUGCUCUGUGUGACUUUGCCAGAAUCUCCGCGCUGGCUUUAUUCUCGGGGUCAGACAGAGAAGGCUGAAGACAUCCUGAAAGAUUUUGCUGUGAGGAACGGGAGGCAGAAUUCCAGUAAAGCUCCGCGGACCGUCAGCAGCAACGCUCCGGAUGCGUCCAGUCCUGGGGUUUUGCAGCUGGUCAAACAUCCCAUACUGCGCUGGAGAACUGUGGUGCUCAUGUAUGUGUGGUAUGCGUGUAGUCUUGUGUAUUACGGGUUGACCCUCAGUGCCAGUGAAGAUAAAGGUAAUCGUUACCUUAGUGUUGCCAUGUAUGGUCUGGUGGAACUCCCUGCAUACCCUCUCUGCAUGUACUUCAUUAACAAGCAGUGGGCAGGCCGGAGGAAGUCUAUGGCCAAUUUUCUUGCAUUUGCAGGCGUAUCCUGUCUGCUCACAAUGUUCGUACCUGUAUCAGGGUCCUUAUUAAGUGCCACAUCACUGGCUUUAGUUGGAAAACUGAUGGUCAGUGCUGCAUUUAAUAUUGUGUAUGUGUACACAUCAGAGCUCUACCCAACCGUGAUCAGGAAUGCAGGCCUGGGUGUGUGUUCCAUGUCCUGUAGAGUUGGGGGAAUUCUGGCACCGUUCGUGCCGAGUAUGAAAUCACUGCACACCUCCAUGCCAUUUAUGGUGUUCUGUUUGAGUGGGAUUUCGGCGGGCUGCCUGGGGCUUCUACUGCCGGAGACACUUAAUAAACCUGCUGCUGAAACGCUUGACGAACUUUCCAGCCCCACUUACCAGCGAAUCUUACAGCCGCAGGUUCACCUUUUGGAAGAAAAGCAUUUAAUUGACCACAGUGGGGCUGAUAGCGACUGAGACAAAGACCUUGAAAACAUUUUAUUACGCCUGUUUACAUACAUUCCUUGACCAUAGUCAGAAUGUUGUGAGAUACACUGACUCACUGAAAGACAAAUGGUGCCUUCCAGAAGAAAUGUCCGCUCAAAGGAUUAAUUCAACAGAUUUCACUGUCUGGAUUCGUUUAGGGAAAAGGGACCAGAUUCUCAUUUGUUAACUCUUUUCUUAAUGUCUGACAAUUGACAGCUAAUUUCAUUUGUUGUGUUUACUGCAAUUUACAAAAAACAAAUGCUUUUUUUCGUUGUUGUUGUUGUUGUUGAGCUGUGAAAUUGCAUUCACCAGAGUGUACAUAUUAGCAUUCAGUUACUAUUCAAUAAUGGCUGCUGAUUUCAGUGAUACUGAAUCUUAGUUUUAAAGAAAUGGUUCACUCAAAAAUUAAAAAUGUUCAUUUAUUUACUAUUUUAAAUCUCUACUGACAAUUUUUUAUCUAUCAUACUCAUACUGGUAUUUUUUUCUGUCAGUGGACACUAGAUGUUAGAUUCAUACUUUUUUGGCCUUUUUUUUACCAACAUACUGGUUUGGAUCGACAUAGUGUGAAUAAUAGCACAAUUUUAAUUUUGGGGUGAACUGUUAUUUUAAGAAACCAUUUUUAUUUUUUUUUUUACCAUUAUUGAUUGUUAUUUUUCUCCAAAUGGAGAAGUGAAGUGUUAAACACACAUAUAUAUUUGUGUAUAUUUCUGUACAGUGCUAAACAUGCGUCGGUCUUUAUCUUGAGAGUUAAGGGAGAAGCUUUGAAAUAAAUGCCUCAUGUAUAUUG